GCGUAUCGCUUUCCACUCCACUGUCUCCACUUCCAAAGUGCCCCUCGGCCCCGCCACAGCGUAGAACGUAGUAUCAAAUUAAAUAAUAUGGCCAGUCACAGAUAAUGGUGCAUUUCACAUUUUCACGAAGUUCAUCAUCAUUCAUCAUUUACCCUGAUCCAAAGUCUUGAAAGUUCUCUACGUCCGCAACCGACUGUGGUAUGAUGUAAACGUUUUCGCGACUGAUCCCGCCUAGUGCUAUCCGGUUUCGACAUACCACAGAUACACUACCGUUUAUGUGACUGAAAAAUAAUAAUUAAAUAGGUACCUAUAAAAAAAAAAAACAUUUAGUCGGAUGCAGGACACGAACGACGAUGUACUCACGUUCGUCAACUUCAAACUCAAAUAUCGACAUUUCAAGUAUCAACUACCGUCGUAUAAUGGAUCACAACAGUAUGACUGACAUAUAUUUGAGGAACACAGUAAACACUUACGAUACGUAGUGUCAAAUUUUGGGUGUCCGAUCAAACAAUACUACGAUAAGUAUCGUUAAUGAAUAGUACAGUACAGAUUGAAGUUCAAAUUUUGUGACAAAAGUCACAAUGCAAAAGGAGGGCAAACCCAGGUUUUUAAAACACCAUAGCAAUAGUGUUCGAGGAGUAGCGUUUAGUCCUCGAGACCGUUACCUAUUCUGCUCUGGUGCUUAUGAUGGUAAGGUCAAUCUCUACUCCUCGUUGCGUAUGGAAUUACUUAUGUCAUAUUCUAUUACCACAAUGGCUGUUGCAAAAAAUGUAAAUGCAGUUAGGUUCACAUCCGAUGGUUCCAGGAUUUUAGCUUGUACAACAUCUAGAAGGCUUUCAGUUGUUGAUGUUGAACGAGGAGAACAACUAUUAGCCUAUGAUAAUUGUGCAGCAAGUGGGAGGGAUAGAACUGGUCUAGCUACUGAUCCUACAUCACCUAACAUUGCAGUUUCUGUAGCUGUAAAUGGCAAAGGUCUUACGUUAUUAGAUUUACGAAUGCCUCUACCUCUAGAUUAUGUGUAUGAUCUACAUUCUAGUACUAUUCGUGAUAUAGUUUUUCUAGAAUCUUCGUGGCCCUGGGCAACUAGUAGCGGACUUCUCAGUACACUUGUCACUGCAGGUUCAGAUGGUUGCUGUAAAGUGUGUACAAUGGACGGCCGAAUAUUACACACAUUUUAUUCAGGACGUCAUCUGAACACUGUUUGUCCGACACCAGAACCGUAUCAAGGGUUUUUGUCAAAUGGAUUUUAUAGUGUUAUUAUGAGUGGGGGUGAUAAAAUUACAUCAUAUGUCCCUAAUUUGGGUAUUCAAGAGAGCUUUUGUGAAAAUCGUGAUAAACCAAUAUGGAAAGUCAGAUACACAUCAAAUGGUAGUUUUCUAUAUUCUGUAUGCGAAGGUGGCGUUGUUAGAAAAUAUCGAAGGUAUCCAGAUAGACAUGAAUAUCUUGGAGAAGUGUAUACCCAUAAAGGAGAUAUACAAGACUUAGAUAUAUCUCCAUAUGAUGAAUACCUUAUUACAGCAUCUAAGGACCGAACAGUGGGAGUUCUACGUCUAGGAGCUCCUAGUCAUGGUUGGACAGACUAUGGUGAACUAACGUGAUAAUUUAAGCAAUAUUUGGACGAAAUACAAAAUUAGUUUAAUUACGAUAUUUGUAAAUUUGUAUACUUAUGAAUAUGUUGUAAGGGAUUUUUUAAAAAUAUUUUUAAUGCCAACCAAUGCACCAAAUUAAUGUGUGAUAUUACUGAUAUUUAAUGUAAAAUGAAAAUUAUACCAUUUUGGACAAAUUUUAUUAAAGAAAAAAAGAAAAAAGUAUAUUUAUAGUUUUUUAACAAAUGUAA